GGUGGAGUGGCUGAGCCGGCCCUAGGGCAACCCCAAUAUGCACUUGGCUGUGGGUGUGGGGUAAUUUGGGUGGGAGCAACCUGGAGACUACCACCCCCGAGUCCUGCGCCUCGCUGGUGGGGUGUGUGCAGAAAGAGCGAGAAUAAAUAGGAGGUUUCCUCCGCCCAGCGACACUCACGGAGCCGGCGGCCGCCGCCCUGGGUGUUUGCCUGCCCUGUAGUCGGGGUUCCAGCCUGAGGAGUAGUUUCGUUUCCUGCUGGCUGCGGGAUUAGUUUCCAGGCACUCCCGCGGACGCCCGAGGCCUGGAAAAGGGGCGCAGGAGGAGACGGGAGACUCUUCUAGGGGCUGCCUGGCCCCGCAGCGCGGGGUUGAUGGAACGGACCGCCCCGGGCAGCGGCGCUAGCUCCCAGCCAUUGCUCUUGGCCUUCGCCCUGGGUCUAGUGAUCCUCCACUGUGUUGUGGCAGAUGGGAAUUCCACCAGAAGUCCUGAAAAUGAUGGCCUUCUCUGUGGAGAUGCCGGAGAAAACUGUGCAGCUACCACCACACAAUCAAAGUGGAAUGACUACUUCUCUCUGUGCCCCAAGAAAUAUGAGCAUUACUGCAUCAAUGGGAGAUGUCGCUUCGUGGUGGCCCUGCAGACGCCCUCAUGCCUUUGUGAUGAGGGCUACGCUGGAGCAAGAUGUGAGAGAGUUGACUUUUUUUACCUAAGAGAAGAUACAGGACAAAUUUUGGUGAUUUGUUUGACAGCAGUUAUGGUGACUUUGAUCAUUUUGGUGAUUGUUGUCUGCAUUUGUUGUCAUCCUCUUCGAAAGAAGAAGAAAGAAGAAAUGGCAAAUCUGGGUAAAGAUCUAACUCCUGCAAAUGAAGAUACUCAAGAGACUAGCAUUGCUUAAUGUCUAUGAAGAUACCACCAGGCUGGUGGCAAGCUACAAAAUGCCUUGCUCAUUUGAAAAAGGACAGACUAUGUCUCAGGAAAACAGCACAAUGGAUUUUAAAUAAUGUAUUUACCUUUUGUUUGUAAUAGUUUGUGUUAUUUACUAUUGUUUUUAUAAAAAUUAAUAAUAAUAAAUUUUAUUAUUGAUUAGUAAUUGGGAAACACCCAGUUAAGAAGGGAAAUUUUAAUAAACUUUCACUUAAGUUUUGCCACCUGGAUUACUAGUCAAAUAAAAAAGAAACGUAGGAAGGCAUUUAGAACUUAGAAAUUGAAUGAAUAAUAAAACUACUAUUUAUCCAACACUAACCAUGUGCUAAGAGUUUAAAAUAUAUUAUUUCCUUUAAUCCUUUCAAGAGCCUUUGAGAUAUCGAUUAUAAUCCUCAUUUCCCGCAUACAGAAACAGGCCCAAAGAAGUUAAAUAAUCUAACCCAGAUUUACAGAGUUAGGAAUUGGUGGAGCUAAAACUGGAACCAAGAUUUACCCAAAUUCAAAAUUUACACAAUUAACCAUCAUUUUUGUUGAUCAGAGUUGGUAUAAUCUAACUCAAUAGUUUAACCCAAGUCUUUCUACCGAACUGUGUUUUGCCAUGACUCUGAGAUGCUGGGGCCAGUUUCCUGCAGAAACUCUGCAGGGUUCUAAGUAUGUUACUGUUACCACCAUGUUUUCUGUAUAUAUAAAGUCAAUAUAAUUGACUCUUAUUACAUUUCUUUGCUCCUUUAUAAAUGCUCAGUGAUAUGAACAAAUUCUUACAUGAGAAAAUCAAACAGAUUUGCUCCCUAGCUAGAGGAAUGAAUAGAGAUAUGGAGAGUAAGUGACUGACAGUUUCGAAGCCCCAGGUAAGUUUAUGCUUACUAAAGGAUCGAUAAUAGCACUGAAAGAGGCUGUUGAUCCCAGAGUCAUGGUCAGUGACAGCACAGCAGAGCCCAGGCAGAGACUGGUUGUGACAGUAUCUUCAUUUAUUUCUUCUAAUAAGCAGUACCUGUGAUUGCUCUCAGGUGAAUACUGUUGCAAUGAAAUCAUGACCAUAUAUCUAUUACUUGGGACCAUCUUGCCAAAUGCUCUUUAAACUCCAUAGUAUCAUUAAUAAGGACUCUUUAAAAACUGAAAAACCAAAAUCUACAUUUAGCUAAUCUUCCAUAAAAUAUGAAACUUUUCUACAUUGUCUCAAUUGGAUCUUUUACAAAAACAAAUGGAGGGUGUCCCCAAAUUGCUACACUUUGGUUAUUCUGCAUGUCAGCCAAGCAGCUUCUUUCCAGAAUCUAUAAAUUUUGCUUUACAGUGUAGACUCCAUACACACAAUGAAGUGGAGAAUUCAGACAAAAGGUGAAGUUGUCCAUCACCCAUCACACAUCAUGUUUGGAGGGAGACUGAGACUGUGCUUCUGCAUAACACAGAUAAAGCUCUAAUAUCAAUGAGAGCUAGGUCACACAACUGAUGGUUUUCUAAACCUGUUUUUUUUUCUCUUGACUUAAUACCUGUCUUUGAAACAGGAUUAUAUACAACUGAUUUGUGUUGUAUAUGGUUUAUUUCGCAAAGUCUCCUAGACUCAUUUCAGGCCCGUUCUCUUUCUCAGUCUUCUAUGAUAUUCAGAGCCCUUGAAACAAACACUUAUUUGAGCAUUUAAAUACAAAAAACAAACAAACAAGGUAUAAGUUUUUUCUUUCCUGAACUGAUGUUAGUUGACCAAUGGAAUCUCUUAAGACAAUCCAGGCUGGGGAAUUUUGUUUUGAUCCUAGAAUGUCAAUGGUGUCUCUUGAAAUUUGGUAGGUCUGAUGUCAAGAAAGAACUUCAAAGAUUUUCAUAACGUUUCAAUAUGUAUUUUGUAAUUGUUUUGCAUAUACUGAAUGAUCUUGUU